UCUUGUUCAUAUGCACCAGAGCAUCAAAGUGGAAACAUUUCUCACAAGUACAGAGACAUUUUCACCAUUUUCAGUGUUGAAUAUCAGGAUGGGACAUGCUUUGUUCUGUGCAUCUGGGUUGUUUUUGCUGAACACAUUUCUGUCUUGCGGACAAGCUCAAGAUAAACCCAAACCUGAUCUCAGGGUGUCUUCAUCAUGGCUGAGUCCUGGGGCAUCAGUGACUCUACACUGCAGUGUUAGAAAUCACUCUGCAGAAUCGAGGUUCUACUGGUAUCAGGCUUUUUUCAAAAAUUCAAGCAAGGCCUACUACUUUGAGCUGCUACCAGGUGGUAAACAUGGAACUGCACAAAAUUCCUACAUUGUUCAUGGCCAGAAACAGACGGCAGGAUACGCAUGUAGAGCUGGAAGACAACAGCCAGAGCAUUUUACUUCGUACAGCAAACCUGUAUUUGUUUGGUCUGCAGAUUCUAGUUCAUCAUCUGCAACCGUCAAAGUGACUCCUGACAGAGUGCAGCACUUCUCUGAAGAGUCUGUCUCACUGCGCUGUGAGGAAAAACCUGAGUGGAGAGUGAUGAGGCUGAGUGAAGCAGGCUACCUUGCAAACUGUUCUGUCUGGGGAACAAUGAAUGGAUCCACCUGCACGAUCAAAAAUGCUACAGCCAAACCAGCCGUGUACUGGUGUGAGUCUAAACUGGGUGGCUUCAGCAAUGCUGUCAACAUCACAGUGCAAAAAAGCAAUAUCAUUCUUGUGAGCCCAGUCCACCCAGUUACUGAGGGAGAAGCUGUUACGCUCCACUGCAAACUGAGGAACACAACUUUAAAAUCCUCUGUGCUUUUCUUUCGAAAUGGUAGCCUCAUCAGCAAUGACACCAGAGGGAAGCUGAAUAUCCCUGCAGUGUCAAAAUCAGAUGAAGGCUUUUACAAGUGUGAGUAUUCAGGAAAACUGUCACCACAGAGCUGGAUGUCAGUAAAGGCAGUAUCCAGGCCUAUAAAGUCUUCAUUUACUGUGCAGAUGAUUAUUGGAUUUGUUUGUGGGAUUUUACUGAUUGCUAUCCUACUCAUGGUUUAUCUGAAAGCCAAAGGAACACAGUGCAAACAAACCCAUGUUGAUUCUGCAGAUCCUGGGGUUAGCCAGAAUGCAUGUCAGCUUGAAGCGCUCUACUCUGAAGUCCGUGAUGAUAAUCUGCUGUAUGCCCUGGUAAUGCACAAAAACAAAGGUGAAUCUCAGAACAAUGCAGGUAGACCAUAUCAGGCAGCAGCAGAAUGCGCUAUUUAUUCUGAAGUCAGAAAAUAGGAAAACAAACAACUCUUGGUCCAUAGAAAGAAGCUUCAGCUUUACAGCAAGAUUGUCCUGCGUUUGAAUCGACCGGCCUAGUUGGACCUUUCUGUGUUCAGCUUGCAUGUUCUACUUGUGCCUGUGUGGGUUCUCUCAGAGUACUCUGCUUCCUCCUACAGUCCAAAGACAUGCAUGGCUGUGUAUGUGAGUGUCCAUAGUCAUCUGACUCUGUGUUAGCUAACACGUUCCGAGUGUAUCCCACCUUUUGCCAUGUGACAGCUGGGGGUUUGCAUCUGAAGUUCUCAUAGUUGUCUGAAUUGUUGUUAAAGCUGCUUCUUUGAUUUUUUAUACUUUUGCACUUAUCCACUCAAACUCUGUGGUCCUCCAGUGAGAUUAUUUUACUAGUCCCACACUUCCACUUAAAACCUAAAGGCCACAGGUCUUUCUCAGAGUCU